AUGCUUGCAGAAGCUCAUGUGACUGCGAGAGCUGCCCAGGCAACCAAUGCCCCCACCGAAUUCCAGCCGCCUCCACGACUUGCCGGUGAGGAGGCAGCGAUCCCCAAAGGAUUGGCGAAUUUGGGCAACACGUGCUACCUCGGUUCAAUUCUGCAGUGUCUGGCGCAGACUCAAAACUUCACGCUAGAAUUGGCUGGCCACGACCGUCGACUGGGUCGCAUAGGACACGAGCUCAACGGCAUCCUCACCAAGCUGCGAUCCAUGGGGCAAGACCAGCCCUCCGUGGCAGCAGUCUUGGGAGAGCUCGCCGGCAGGUAUCGCUGGUACGAAAGCAAGUCACAGCAGGAUGCGCAUGAGCUCCUCCGAACCCUCUUGGGUGCUGUUGCAGAUGAGCUGGAGGCUCCAGAGGACCAGGAGAGCUUGCAGCAAGUGGUGCACAAGAGCUUCAAAGGACAGAUCUGCGAAGCCAUCUUAUGCUGGUCUUGCAGGCAGAUCACGCUGCGCCACGAAGAGUUUUUGGACUUGUCCUUAGACGUCGCUGCCGGCGAGGACGACCCCGGCCCACUGGGUCUUCAUGGCUGGGUCAUGAAGCCGCUGCAAGACAAAACUCUGCAAGAAGAAGAUCAGGCGAUGGCCCCGGAGGAAGCCGAGGAGCCAAAGCCGGUGGCAGAUGAGUUCGACAGCGCUGCACUUGAAGUGCAAUUGGAACGAGUACCUGGACGAAGGAUCGCUUUAGGCUUGGAUUGGGCCGAUGCCCAACAGCAUGGUUGCAAGGUGUUGCGCCGAAUCAUGCACGGAUCCAUGGUGGAUACUUGGAACAAGCGUCAAAGUCCAGACCGGCGCGUAUGUCCAGGGCUUCUCCUCCUCUCAGUCAAUGGAAAGGAAGACCACGAUGAAAUGCUGCAGGCACUGAAAGACGAUCAGCGGCUGCUGCUUCGUUUUGCUACAGCAGACGCAGUGGCAGCGCGCGGCUCCUCAGUUAACGCGAAUGGCUUCCGUGUGGUGCUCGCCAGAGAUUCCAAAGUGUCUUGGGGACUUCAGCUGGAACGCAGUGCGCUGGAAGCUGGCCUGGUCGUAGUGGCCCACGUGCUUCCAGACUCGAUACUGGAUGCCUGGAACCUGCGGUGCCAGUCUUCGGGUAAGCGCAAUGCGGUCGUCCGGGCUGGUGACCGGGUGCUGGAUGUGAAUGGAUAUGAUGAUGUGGAAGAGAUGUCCGGAAGCCUGACCGACCUUUCCAAACGCAAAAUAGUCUUGCAUAUGGAGCGCGGUGAGGCAAAGAAGGCUAGCCCUCAAGCGGACACGCCUGACGAAGAUUCAGACUCGACCUUCGUGAUUGAGCUACAGCCCAUCUCGCCGGGUGCAGAAAGCAACUGGGGCUUCCAGCUGGAAGGAGCCGCGGAGGUCAGGAAUAUACUAGAUGGCUCGCCCUUGGCGAUGUGGAACAUAGUGAGUCGGUCACGAGGUGAAGAGCACCUGUGUGUGGAAGCUGGGGAUACCUUGGUUGAUGUGUCUGCCCUGGACACGCCACCUACGAGUGGCAGCCAGACAUUCAAGCUGCGACGAUCCAAGGAGAGACAGGCUGCGGUCAGGGCAAUGCGCACCACCGUCUCGGGCGCCGCAAGCCCCGGCAUGCCAAAUGUACGGCCUUCACCGGAGUUGGAGAACAAGAGAAAGUGUAUGCUGGAGGCUGCCGGCGCCUGCGAGGCUGCGAUGCCCACGGCGCUGGCCCAGGUCUUUGCGGCGGCCCCGCGGGCAGCCGCCACUUUGGCAGACUGCCUGAGGAACUUGGGCUCCGUGGAGGCCUUGGAGGAAAACUUCGCCCCCAUCUACAACUGCGUGCGCUGCGGCGGCACUGACAAGUCAUCGAGGUGCUUCGCCUCCAAGCGCGCCUGGCUGAACCCGCCUCUGCCUCCUGUGGUCCCGGUCCAGCUGAAAAGAUUCCAUGGCCAGCAGGGCUCAUACCACAAGUCGAAAACGAAAAUCAAGACCACCAGCACUUUGGACCUGAGCAUCUUGAUGCUCACAGAAGCUGAGCAGCGCGAGCUGCAACCGUUUACAGCACCUGAGUCGAAACUUCCAGCCUGCAGUCCACAUGAAUCGAGCAUCUAUGAGCUCUACGCUGUUUGCGCUCACCUGGGCGGCAGCAUGGAGCGCGGGCACUACGUGGCUUUUGUCAACACGGGACCCAGUUUGGAAGAGGAGGCUUGGUUCUUGCUGGACGAUGCUCGCACCACCGCUUGCCAGCGAGAAGAUGUCCUUCGGGUGGAAGCGUAUAUCGCAUUUUAUCGGAGGCCCAUCGCGGCAAGAAGUGUUGGCUGA